UUAGUUUUUUCUCUUUGGGCUCUUCAGACACAUUCAGGAGGUUGUGAGCCUUCAAGCCCAGCAAAACCAGGAGCUACAGGAGCUCUACAGUCGCCUCCGUUCCCUUAAAGACAGCAAAUGCGAAUCCUCCGAGCUGCCUCUACAGCCUGCGUCCCCUCGCCGCCCAAGGUCCUUCAAAAGUAAACUGCGAAGCCGUCCCCAGUCCUUGACACACAUGGACAAUGGCAUUGUUGUCACCACAGACCCGCUGUGCAUGGGGAACAGCCCAGGGGCGGCGAUGGCGGCGUGUCAGCAGUCUCCGGCCAGCAAGAAAGGCAUGUUCACCGAUGACUUGCACAAGCUGGUGGAUGACUGGACAAAGGAAACUGUGGGAAAUGCUCUCAUUAAGCCAAGCCUGAACCAGCUCAAACAGAAUCAGCACAGACUAGAGACUGACAACUGGAACAAAGGCUAUGAGAACGCUUCAUCUGCAGUGGGUUACACGUCAGCCUGGAUCUCAUCUCUGUCCCAAAUCCGGGGCCCUGUCCCGACAGCCUUGCCACAAGGAAUCUCCCUUCCCUCCUUCCCUGGAGCCUUGUCUUAUGGAGUGCCACACGCCUGCCAAUACAACAGCAUGGGGGCCACCGGGUAUCCGGUGCAGUGGGUGGGGAUUUCGGGAACGACCCCACAGUCUGUAGUGAUCGCCAGCCAAGCAGUGGGGCCUUUCCAGCCUGGGAUGAAUUUGUCAGCUUUUCCAGCAGCACCAGUGCAGAACUCGGCCCCAGGGCCCCCCGGCCCCAAGUGA